UUUUUUUCUAAGUUGAAAGAUAAAUUAGAAAUGGGCAGUUUUCUUGGAAGUUCAAAAUCCUCGCCAUGGAUAAAAAUUUAGAGAAAUCCUCUUCAACGACGUAGUUGAUCGGAUUCAGAUUCAAGUUCGAGACCUCGAGGAAAUUAGCUGCUCUCCGGUGAAGCGACAAGGAUCGGAGGAUCGGAUUGGACGUAUCGUUUUCAAAGAAAUCCUGAUUUCUAGCUGAAUUUGGGUGCCAUAGACUUCUUCUAAUCUUUCGAUACAAUUUGGUAUCAGUUUGAGGGGCUGCAAGGUGUUUGUGAAAAUGCCUCAACGAGAUUGGCAUAAGAAUCCGAAAGGAAAAGAGAAUAUGAGUUCUGGAGGAGGAAUCGCCGCUUGGAAUGUGUUUGACAAUGUGAAGACCACAACGAAGACGCCUGAAGCUCUAAUCGCGGAGAUCAAUACUGCAAUUGCAAAUCUCGAAUAUGCUCGAUCAACCGCCUUCUUAGAAUCUCCAAUUUCUCCCACUCCACAAGAUAGGAGCUCUGGUGUGAGCUCAAGUACUCAGUAUGAUGCACGAAUUGCAGAUGAAGCGUACAAGGCAGGGUGUGCGGCAUUGGCUGUUGGUAAACUCGAUGAGGCUCUUCAUUCGUUGAAUGUCUCUCUUUCGAAAUGCCCGCCUGAGAAAUCCUCUGCUGUUGCUAAGCUUCAGUCUCUCAUCUCUUUGACGUCUAAGCAACUUCAGAUCAGAUCUUCCAAUUGUCAUGAAAUUUCAGAAGAUUGAGCACCCUUGAUCUCUCCCCCCAAAAAUUUUCAUCUGGGAGCUGAAUCCCUCUCGUUCCUCGAUCAUGUUUGUCUGUGUGAAAUAGGCUAAAUUUAUGAUUUGGUGGUUGUUUAAGACGCGUCAAUGUAUAUUAAGAGAAGAGUAGGCCAUUAAUGCAUGGACCAUCAGAAUUAAUCAAUGAUAGAUAUUGACAGGUA